AUGAAGGUGCAGGAUGAGACUAACUGGGAAAAAGACACUGUAGUGGUAUUUCAGGCAGUUAUAGAUGACCAGCAUGAGGUGAAUAAGGGGCUUGCCUGCUCAUUCGUUGCUCGCUCACCUGCCACUCGCCUGCCACCUCAGCCACCUCAGCUGCCUCACUCAUCUCAGUCACCUCAGCCGCCUCAGUGGCCUCAGUCCCCUCAGUUGCCUCAGCCACCUCAGCCACCUCAGUUGCCUCAGUUUCCUCAGCUGCCUCAGUCGCCUCAGUUGCCUCAGCCGCCUCAGUCGCCUCAGUCGCCUCAGCCGCCUCAGCUGCCUCAGCCGCCUCAGUUGCCUCAGUUGCCUCAGCCGCCUCAGUCGCCUCAGUCGCCUCAGCUGCCUCAGCCGCCUCAGCCGCCUCAGUCGCCUCAGUUGCCUCAGUUGCCUCAGCCGCCUCAGUUGCCUCAGUUGCCUCAGCCGCCUCAGCCGCCUCAGCCGCCUCAGUUGCCUCAGUUGCCUCAGCCGCCUCAGCUGCCUCAGCCGCCUCAGCCACCUCAGCCACCUCAGCCGCCUCAGUUGCCUCAGUUGCCUCAGCCGCCUCAGCCGCCUCAGCCGCCUCAGUUGCCUCAGCCGCCUCAGUCGCCUCAGCUGCCUCAGCCGCCUCAGCCACCUCAGCCACCUCAGUCGCCUCAGCUGCCUCAGCCGCCUCAGCCACCUCAGCCACCUCAGCCGCGUCAGCCAGCAGCCAAUUCCACUUUGCAGACCAUGUGA